UUUCCGAUGAAGCACGGAUUCUUCAAAGAGGGAUCGAUACUAGGUACUCUCAUAAACCGAGAAGAGUCACAGUCGACCGCGCAGUCGCCGUCGGGGUUGCGUUCAUGUAGAUCCCUACCGUCAGCUCUACACCAGUAUGCGUUUCUCUGCGAACUUAUCCUUAUGGAUUCUCCUGGCCGUGUUCAUUAAUGGUCUUGUUGCCGGUGCAUCGCCUGCUGAUGAAGUUGGAGCAUCUGUUACCGGCUUAUUUGAGACAGAUGAAUUUACCCUCGUGAAGUUCCAAGCUAUAUGCUCAGCAUGCCAGGACAAUGGGCAUUCGAGCCUGCCUCUAGAAUUGAAAGUUUAUAAAUCCCGGGAUGCCUGUGAUGGGACGGGCAUUUAUCUCAAUGGAAAGGACCUUGCUCAUACCUGGAAUGGAAAUGCCGGUCAUGGCUCGGGAACGAUCAAGUCCUCUAGCAACCCUAAUACGGUACUUUCUGCUAACUGGGAGAGCACCUGCAGACCGGCUCCUUGUCGCGACUCGGAAGAGUGUCUGGCACAAUUCCUGACUGUGCACAUUGAACAACUGGGACAGGUGCACCUCGAACCCAAAGUAAGCUUCAGGAUCUUCUUACAGGAGAACUUAGAGCCAGUGAUUCGUGACAUUUCAAGUCCACCAUGGACACUGAUUCAGCUUUCGUACAUGAAAAACUGGCAGGAAUUAAUAGACAUGGACUGUAUCGAUCAAUCGGAUGCAGCCACAAGCCAAGAAAGCCAACCUGCAGAAAGUAUAGAAGUUCUAUGGAAUCACUUACAGGACCUUAAGAUAAAAGCUCAUCGCCUACAUGAAAUGAUAGAGAAAGAGGAGCAUAAGGUGCGGAAAAUGCUACAACAGACCUGCCCAACCGUCGCCGCAUCCGAAUGGGGGGACUGCACCACCCUAGGUUGCAAAGUCAAGAUCUCGCUAUCCAAAGUCCCCAGUCUACUUCGCCAAAUGCAAUAUAAAUUCGGGCCGUUACCUUCCUCCUUGCCUGAAUUCUAUUGCGGACAGUGUCCACAUCACAGCAUCUGCGCUCAGAGCUCUCCCAAUCCAAACUCCACAGUAUCCAACGGCGGACAUUAUUCUUCUGAAUCCGAAUCCAGCAACUCGGAACCAGCAUCCACUACCCCCAUCGCCGACAGCGCAUACGACGCCAAAACGACCAACCAUCUAAUCUUCCAUUCUGGACACGAAUUCUUCGACCUCCCCAUCAUCGCCGCGGGAGUCGUUCUCAUCGGGAGCAUCUCCAUCCUCACAUUCAUCAUCUACCAGAACAGCUUUUACUGCCGACGUCGUCGCGCCGAUCGAGCCGCCAGGCGAGAAGAAAGACAGACCCGUCGCGCCUAUAGAUCUGCAGCCCGACGACUCCGCUGGCAACAAUGGUGGGAGGGCCUUACUACUCGCGGUCUUAUCCCAAGACCCCACCGCAUUCACCAUAACCACAACACCAACGACGUCGCUGGCGACGACAACACCCAACUAAACGACUUCGGCCUACCCGCCGUAGAAUUCGCAGACCCCACCCAGCAAUCCGAUCACGAGCCUAGCCAUGCACCACCUUCAGAGCCGGGCGUCAUGCAGGCCGAGAUCUGGGGGUUUCGACAGGCUCUAGAGUACGUGGGGGAGUUGGUUCGGAACCCAGCGCAGGGUUUCGAGGCUGCGCAUGCGCGUGCAAAUGACGCAGACCAUGAAAUCGCAGACCUUCUGAAUAAACAAAGGAGGGAGCCUUUGACGGUAGCAUCGUCGACAGCUGGACUUUCGACUCUCCUGUCGUCGAGAACAAGUAUGAUGAGUUUAGAUACGUUGGAGACCGCGGAGACGGCGCCGCCUAGCUAUCAUCCGUGAUAUUAUUAUUAUUAUUAUUUGGUUUUUAAUUCAUCUUGCAGAUACUUAGGUUGCUAUAGCUACUGAAGGAUAUAAGGACACUCAUUCUCUACUACUAUAUUCGAUCAAGGACGAUUUAUUCGAUACUAAGCGAAGGCGGGGCUUACGGAAAUGCCGCGGUAAAAGGCUACAAUAGUGGUCGUUUUUGGCCGCAUUUUCACAGGUCCUCACAUUCUAGUUGUAAUCUGUAUGUUUUGAUGAUAUUGUU